CGAUAACGGCGGACGGAUUUUGCCAUCGACACGCCGACUUCUCGCGGGACGACCGAGCUCGCACACGCUAUUUUUAACGACUCUUCAUUAAGAAUAAUCUAGCCGCGAAUAAAAAGAUGUAAGUGGAACAGGCUCGAUAAGCCGGCCGAUAAAGAUGUCACACGAUACGCCCGGCCCGAGGACAAAUUGAUCCGUUUUUAUCGUAGCCGUCGCCGCCGUCAUUUCGUAGUUACGAGUUAUUCGGCCAAAUUAAUGCAGGAGAUGGAGUGAUGUUUCCAUCACGAAAGCGUUCAAAACGAGCGCAACCACCGAUAGACCUUUGAUUCGCGGUUCACCGUCGACUGUUUCCAAGAUACUAUCGCCUCAGAGAAAAAUGGCUGUGCUCUUAACGCGAUACCGUUUUCCGUUGCGAGCGAAACACGGUGGCUUUUAUGGGCGACAAUCCGAUGAAGUUUACACGUGGCGCGGUGUUAUCGGAAGGACGAAGCGCAGCGGGAGGAUCCUGAGGAUCUGUCUAGGCGCGUUGGUGAGCGCGGGUGCCACCUGCGGCUCGCUCCUCUACCUCCUGGACAGAUCGGUCGAGGCCAUAAGUCCCGCAACGAGACUGCCCAGUUAUCCCUGGGAGUUCCAGGGCUACUUCAAGUCUCUCGACCACUCGGCCGUGAGGAGAGGCUGGCAAGUGUAUAUGACCGCGUGCUACUCGUGCCACAGUCUGCGUUACGUGCGAUUCAUGGAUCUUAUCAACGUGUCACACACGGAGGACGAGGUCAAGGACAUCGCCGCGGAGUUCGAGGUGCAAGACGGCCCCGACGACGAAGGUAAUCACUACAUGAGGCCCGGAAAAAUCACCGACCUGUUACCGUCCGCGUUCCCGAACGAACAAGCCGCCAGAGCGGCCAACCUCGGUAUGUACCCGCCGGAUCUAACCUACUUCAUCGAGACCAAGAGGAACGGCAGGAAUUAUCUGUUCGCCUUCAUGACGGGAUGGAUGGAUCCGCCGGCAGGCGUAACUUUAACGGGGGUGCAACACUUUAACGCGUAUUUCCCCGGCAACGUGGUCGGCAUGCAGCAAGUACUAUUUGAGGGAAUCGUGGAGUACGACGACGGCACUCCAGCGACCAUCUCGCAGAUGGCGAAGGACUUGGUCGAAUUUUUCACCUGGACAUCCUCGCAAGAGUUCGACGAGCGAAAGUCAAUGUUUAUCAGAGCGAUGGGUGUCUGUCUCAUAUUACUGGCCUCGACUUUCUAUUACAACAGAUUCGCUUGGUCGAUUAUGAGGAGCUGUCAGAUCGCGUACAUACCCAAUAGAAAACGCUAAGAGGGUUCCUAGCGAGAAUCCGAGCGAGGAAAAUUGUUUCCCGACGUCGGCGAGACCACAGCUGUAGUGACGUUUUCGAGGUACGUGCAGAUCGGCCAGAAAAACGAUGGAUCACGAUCACAGGCAGACGCAAGACGAAGCCGCGACGAGAGUUUGCGGAUUCGGACAGCUGAGCGUUCAAACUUCGCAUAAUAAACGAACAAUAGUGAUUAAUCGUAAAUACAGACGAGGCGGGGGCGUCGAGCUGAAUCGCACUUCGCCAGAGAUUAUUUAUCAAGGUGGAUUUUAGCUCGACUCUCUCUCUCUCUCUCUCUCUCUCUCUCUCUCUCUCUCUUUUUCUCUUGACGUGAUGGCCACGCAAAUCUGUAAUUCUUAUUUAGAACCGAGAGACGCGCGCGCGUCAACACACACGCGCGAGCGUACGCCCACGAGGCUCUACAAAGUUGCAUCAGAGUGUGCACCUGUACGCGUAAAAAUGCACUCUAUAAAUACGGCCGACACAUCGGACUAAAGCGAAUCCCACGUUUCCCCACGUCCGCGUCGCCGUUGCGUUGGCUGUGAUCGCGGAAUAGCGUCGUCCUCCUCCUGCUCAUUCUUGUCGUCGUCGUCGUCGUCGUCGUCGUCGUCGUCACGAAUACGUCGUCGCAAAGAAUACGAGCGAUCCAGCACAGGACCGACCGAUCGACCGCCUGUCUGUCUGUCGGUCUGUCUGACUGGCUUCUUCGGCAACGGCAUGCGCGGCCAUCGAUAAUCGUUUCGCAAUGCACGGCCUUGACGAUGCCUGUAUAGUAGCCGAUCGGCCCGUCUAAAAAUAGGCGAAGCUCGCGAGGAGUCGCGGCAACAAACAUUAACGUCGUCUCUUACGUGUCGUUAACUCCGGGAUAACCGGUGGUUGCAUGUAAGUCCAUCUAUCCCGCCCGUAAUAAUAUCCCGCGCCCCCGCGCCCGCCCCGGGGACACCUCACCGUCUAUUUUAAGGCCGCCGCGUACAUAACGACGAUCGUGUGUCCCCCUCGCUCACUAUUUUUUCCUCUCUUUCUGUCCCUGUCCUUCCCUUUCCUCUCUCUUCGGCCUGCCUUUCAAUCUGACGAUCGGUGACAAUGGCGACGACGAUGAUGACGACGACAACGAUGCGGAAUAGAAUGUCGAAAAUAAUAUUGGGCGUUUCGACGGGGCUAUAUAUAGGGGGAUGAUGCAUCAAUGCAGCAACAAGUGAGGCCCGCGGGCGGCGAGA